UGCUAAAAAGCAGCAUACUCUCUCAGGUCUGUCUGUUUCCGUACCAGGUACUACAAAUGAUGUUUACUCGACAAGUUCUGAUAUUAAGCAAUAAUGGUGUUAUUAACUUCACCUGUUAGUUCUUUUUGACACGUAUAUGCCAUCAUCUUUCUAGAGAAACUAGUAUCUGCUUAAUUUUAAUUUCAAGAUAUGACUGCUUGCGUCGAGGGUCCCUCAGAAACGGCCUCUCUACUUUCACAAGGGGUAAGGUCUCUGUACACACUACCCUCCCCAUACCCCACUUGUGGGAUUACACUAGGAUUAUUGUUGUUGUUGUUGUCGAUUUAAGAUAUGACUGCUUGCGGAUCUCUCUCUAGUAGCCUAUGAAAUUUCUCUGAACUGGAAUGCUGUAGGACUGUAAAAAGUUUUGUAUUUGUUAGGUCUCCGUUAGCCAUCUAAAUUUGAAUUUCAUUUCUGUUCACAUUACCUUUGCUGACAACUAAUGUCUCUAAUGCAAUAUUUUGACUAAUAUUAAUUCUAAUGCAGUGUUGAAAAUUCUGAAUACUUGUCUGACUUGCUGAAGGAAAGAAAAAUUCCACACAAUGUCCUCAAUGCUCGUCCCAAGUAUGCUGCUAAGGAGGCUGAUAUUGUUGCACAAGCAGGGAGAAAAUAUGCAAUCACCAUAUCUACUAACAUGGCAGGAAGGGGUACUGAUAUAAUCCUGGGAGGGAAUCCAAAGAUGCUUGCGAACGAAAUUUUGGAGGAUAGCAUACUUCCAUUUCUGACACAAGAUGUUCCUGAAGUUGAUGUUGAUGGAGAAUCCAAUUCUCAAAAGGUUAUGUCAAAGAUAAAAGUUGGACCGUCAUCAUUGGCUUUGCUGGCUAAAGCGGCUCUGAUGGCUAAGUACGUUAGCAAAAAUGAGAGCAAGAAAUGGUCAUAUCAAGAGGCAAAGUCAAUGAUAUCUGAAUCCAUUGAGCUAAGUCAGUCAGUGGAGAUAAAAGAGCUACAGAAGCAGGCUGAUGAGCAGUCAGAAUUUUAUCCUCUUGGUCCAUCCAUUGCUCUAACUUAUGUAUCAGUUCUUGAGGACUGCGUGUCUCACUGUUUGAAUGAAGGGUUAGAAGUGAAAAGGCUGGGGGGUCUUCACGUCAUUGGAACUUCUCUGCAUGAGUCCAGGAGAAUUGAUAACCAGCUUCGUGGUAGAGCUGGCAGGCAGGGUGAUCCUGGAUCAACACGAUUUAUGGUGAGCUUGCAGGAUGAGAUGUUUCAAAAAUUUAACUUUGACACUGAGUGGGCAGUGAAACUUAUAUCCAGGAUUACAAAUGAUGAAGAUAUCCCAAUAGAAGGUCAUGGAAUAGUUAAACAGCUUUUGGGUUUACAAAUCAAUGCUGAGAAAUACUUUUUUGGAAUACGAAAGAGCCUAGUAGAAUUCGAUGAAGUCCUUGAGGUUCAAAGAAAGCAUGUUUACGAUCUUCGGCAAUUAAUUUUAACUGGAGAUUUUGAGAGUUGUUCAGAGCACAUUUUCAAAUACAUGCAAGCAGUGGUGGAUGAUGUUAUCUUUAAGAAUGUUAAUCCGCAAAAGCACCCAAGUAACUGGUGCUUGGACAAAAUCUUAAAGGAGUUCAAAGACGUAGCAGGCGAGAUAUUGAAUGAUUCAUUUGCUGGGAUUACUGAGGAAGCAUUAGUAGAUUCUCUUGUACAACUUCAGAAGGUGAAAUCAGUAUCCAUUGACAACUUUUCCCUUCCAAAUUUGCCUUCAACUCCAAAUUCUUUUAGAGGUGUACGUGGAAAGACCUCUUCUUUCAGACGCUGGUUGGCUAUAUGCUCCGAUGACUCAAUGAAGUAUGGGAAGUACAGAGAGAUGGUUAAUUUCCUUCGAAAGUACCUGGGAGAUUUCCUCAUUGCCAGCUAUUUAGAUGUAAUACAAGAAUCUGGAUAUGAUGCUGUGUACGUGAAGGAAAUAGAGAGGGCAGUACUUCUGAAAACAUUGGAUUGCUUCUGGAGGGAUCAUCUUAUAAACAUGAACCGACUAAGUUCAGCGGUGAAUGUAAGGAGUUUUGGGCACAGAAAUCCACUCGAGGAGUAUAAGAUCGAUGGUUGCAGAUUUUUCAUCUCAAUGCUUAGUGCAACUAGGAGGCUUACCGUGGAGUCCCUCCUGUGCUAUUGGUCAUCUCCAAUGGAGAGUCACGAGUUAUAUGUUUAAUUAUGUCCAGGUGUUUCUAUUCAUUGAUCUUGGAUUCUCAUUAUUCACCUCCCAGUCCGAGGGAUGAAUUUUCGCGUCUUAUUCCAGCUCAGCUCAACCUAAGAUGUACAAAUGGCAUGAUUUGUGGAGGCAUAAGCUGAUGUGCUGAUAUGACUGUCAACUCUUCUAAGUAGCUAAGGUAGCAUUUGUGUGAUACCCGAACCUUGUCUCAAGUUACUGUGUCUUUUGAAGUAGGGAUAAUCUGAAUUUGCACCUUGAAUAGUUUGAGGACCACCUGAGUACAUGACAUCAGUCGGCUUAGAUAAGGGAUGUUGAGCAACCUGCACAGGCUAGGACUGUAGAAAUGUGACCACGGAGAUUCAGAAUAAAAAACUACGGAGAUUCAUUUUUUUGGCACAGCGUUGGCUUUGCUAAAAUUGUAUUGGGUAGAGGGAGUUGAAGAGAGAGGCCUUUCAGUUCGUCCGAAGGCAGUAGGGAUGAGCCAUCACAAAUGGUCACACUAUGCAUCAUUCUGAGUCAUUGCAACAAUAAGUCGCAGGGCUUUAAUUGCUCGAGUUGCUUAUCUGAAAUGUAGAAAUGCUGGAUGUUGAUCCUGGAGCUCAACCUCUUUGUUUAUUUGAGUACAAAUGAUUAGUGAGACAGGUCUUACUCUUCAAAUAUGCCGCAGAAGAUGUUUGUAACAUUGGAAUAAUGUAAGUUAUAUACAGAGACAUUGUAAAUAACAUUUACAUUAUUAUUGUAUUUUAACAUAUUAUAAGUUAUUUACCUCA